AUGGACACUGUCGUCACCAACGGCCAUAAUGUACUUGGCAUGAACCGCAAGCACCUUGUGGAUGUGGUGAUUACAGCUGGACAUGAUUCCAACCACCCGGAGACGCAAAGGGGUGCCUGGGCAGCGGUCUCGGGGGGGUGGUAUGCAUAUCUCGCCAAAGAUUGCGAUCUUGCCCUUAUCCGCCUUGCAUCUCCCUUCAAGGGCGCUGCGGAACUGGAGUGGGUACCCACUCCACCUAUGCAGCAAGGGUCAGAGAUGACUUGUGACGUUCUGGGGCUCUUGUGGGCGGAGACACCAAACCUGACCCGAAGCCCGGGGAGAUGUACACUGGAUGAUGCCAGCGGCAUGAGAAUGAUCCGUCACUCUGCCGACACAGACCGAGGUAAAUGGGCAUUCUGCAUAAAAGUAACGUUCAGCCAAGCUAACCUUGAGCGCACAGGGAGCUCGGGCAGCGCUCUUCUUCAAGGAGACACUGUUAUCGGCGUUCACAGAGGUUACAACCACUUUGAAAACGAGGCAGUCGUGCUAGACCGCGGUCGCAAUAAUCUGGACGAGUUCCGCAAGGUUCUGGACUGGGUGACAGGUGGUCCUAUGCCUCAGGGCUGGAGAUUCGUGUGCAUCAUGGACGUGGACAAAACUCGGGUCUACGGAUACCACAGGUCUUCAGCUUAG